AGCCCCUAGCUAAAUGGCUAGCCGUUAGCUGCCACUGUUGUUAACGUCGACCCAGAACCUUCCAGUUCUCUUGCAGUAAACAAAGCUGUGCGCACCACGGUAAGAGCUGCAGGGACAGCACGUGUCUGCAGGAUGUGCUCUGUCCUCGGAUGUGAGUCGGGGCGUCGCGGCGCGCAGCGCUUCAAAUUACCGCAGGACCCGGAGAGGAGGCUGGAGUGGGUUCAGUUCAUUUUCGAAGUCAACGGGCAACGACUUAAAGAAUCGUCCUGGACCGACAUCACCGUUUGCAAUGAGCACUUUACCGAUGACUGUUUUGAACACGUGACCCCGGUGACUGGCGUGCUGUGGGUCCAGCUGAAGCCGGACGCUGUCCCGUCAGUGUGUGUCAAGUCAGAGCCCGGCGAACAUCUGGAGAGCCCGCAGUCCGUGGAGCCUGUGGAAACCACAGAAGCUGCUUCUCAGUGUGAUGACCUCAAUAGUCCAACUUCCUCUGAAAAUUCAAGACAUACUUUAAGAGGUUUAAAUGCUUCAGAUGCCAUCAUGUUUGGAUCUGACCAGGUGCAACAAAACACCAUGCAUAUUGAUUUGAACAAGGAGAAAGCUGCACUUCUACAGAUCAAAGGAAAGCAUGUUGUGAAUGAAAGCUGCCUCUUCCAGUUGUUCCGCCGCAAGUGCCCGUCCUGUGGGUGUAAACUGCAGAUGGAGAAGGUCACCUGUGGUGUGCUCAUCGUCUUGAACCAGCAGUGUCUUCAGUGUGACUACAGAAACCAGUGGAAAAGCCAAGUCGAUGCCAGCGUCCCAACAGCUGAGGAUCAGCACCUGGCAGAAGUAGAAGUAGUAACUCCAGAGAGCCAGCAGGAGCCUCUGGAAACCACUGAUUCUGCUCAUCAGUGUGAAGACCUCAAUAGUCCAACGUCCUCUGAAAAAUCAGAUAUACAUACUUUAACAGGUCCACAAGCAAGUCCCGUGUCAAGUGUUGCCUCUGUGCCAAAUUCGCCUGAUGCUUCAGAUGCCGUCAUGUUUGGAUCUGACCAGGUGCAACAAAAAUCCAUGCAUAUUGAUUUGAACAAGGAGAAAGCUGCACUUCUACAGAUCAAAGGAAAGCAUGUUGUGAAUGAAAGCUGCCUCUUCCAGUUGUUCCGCCGCAAGUGCCCGUCCUGUGGGUGUAAACUGCAGAUGGAGAAGGUCACCUGUGGUGUGCUCAUCGUCUUGAACCAGCAGUGUCUUCAGUGUGACUACAGAAACCAGUGGAAAAGCCAAGUCGAUGCCAGCGUCCCAACAGCUGAGGAUCAGCACCUGACAGAAGUAGAAGUAGUAACUCCAGAGAGCCAGCAGGAAGUGUCGACAGGUGACAACCCCAGCAGCUCGGCGUUCUCUGAGAUUGUUACUUUCAGCGAUGAAGAAAGCGAUCCGUCAGAUGAAGGAGAGGAAGGCGAUGACGGCGCGGUGAGCUCGGAUGGGGAAUGGAAUCCAACAGAGGAUUUCUUGCUGGCCGAAGAGCUCAUGAAGGAGUCUGACGAGGAAACGGAAGUCGAAGGCGAAGAGGAGGACGAUUUUGAUUCCCCGUGCGGCCUCAAAAUUAACGAGCUGUGCACCGAGUGCGGAAGCUUUUUCACCAUUCUGAAGCGGCACAUGUGCGAGCACAAAAUAAAGCCCUUCUCCUGCAACAUAUGCGGCAAAAGAUGCGUCACGGAGACGUCUCUGAAAAAUCACAGCAGGAUCCACGAUGAAACCUACGACCACCCUUGUAAGUACUGUUAUGUCACCUUCAAAACCAGGGUGGACAAACUCAAACAUGAGCAGACCCAUCAGGAUAACAGAGAUCCGUAUAAGUGUCCCGACUGUCCGGAGACGUUCACCACCAGUAAGAAACGCAGGAUCCACCUGGCAAAUCACAGAACCCCGAAGGAGUACAAAUGCGGGGUUUGUGGGAUUGAAUUUAAAGACGUGCAUCAUCUUCGGAGGCACUCUGUCGUGCACACGGGUUUGAAACCGUACCAGUGUUCAGUGUGCCAACGCGGCUUCAACCAGACCAGCCACCUGAAAUCCCACAUGCGCCUGCACACGGGGGAGAGACCUUAUAAGUGUCCGCAUUGUGACAAAAGCUACAAUCACAACGUGAGCCUGAAGAUUCACGUCCAGCGUUACCACUCGUCGGGCUCCGGACGUAAGCGGAGGAAGGGUGAGAUAGAUGAAAGGGCGAGCGACGCUGAGGACAGCGGGAAUAAGAAAGGCACAGACUGCGACCUUGACUGUGCAGAAGAAGGUCGAGACGCGGAAGAGGAGGCGCAGAAGGAGAGAACAGAUGUGCGGAAAAGUAGAAAGAGGAACACGGGUAGGCCGAGAGGAAGGCCGAAGAGGAACGCAGCAGGCAGCUUGGCUCCGGCUGGGCCCAAAAAAGGCAAGCGUUCAAACGCUAAGACUGCAAAAUCAAAGGUGCGGAAAACCGGUUCCAGCGAUGAGGAAAGUGAGGACGAGCAAUCAGAGAGCGACACGUCCUUUGAAUCUGCAGAAGAAGAAGAAGAGGAGGAGGAGGAGGAGGAGGAGGAGGAAGAAGAAGAGGAGAAGGAGACGGUGAGGAAGAGCACAGCGAGGUCAAGAGGAAGACCAAAAAAUGACAGUGACACUGAUUUUGACCCAGAAGAAGAAGAAGCAAAGAAAAAGAGGGACAGCAGCGCUAAGAGCUCAGUGAAACGUAGGGGAAGGCCAGCGAAGACUCGAGUGGUCUGAGCAACUCAUUUGGUGUGAA